GUUAAUCGAGCAAUUAUCCAAGCUUUCUCAAUUAAUGCACUAAUUAAGAUCGAUUUGCCAUACAAAAUUUCAAUUAUUAAUUGCUCGAUUGGUAAUUAAUUGAAUGUUUAAUCUAGUAAAAACUCCAAUGCAACUCUGUUAGGUAAGUUCGUUUUCUUAGUUUUGGUGUGUUCAGUGUUAAAUGACAAUCAGCUGUUUGACAUAAUUUUAUUAUUUUCUUUUUGGAACCAGCAAAUAUCAAAAACCAAAAAAAUUGUAUUUCAACUGCAGGAUGCAGAACAAUCUGAAUGUUCGAUUAGCUCCAAAACCAAGAAAGAGGAGACUGGCUUGGGCUGAGGAUGGCGAAGUGGCCAUUCUUGAUUUGUGGGAAGAGCGCGUUGCUGAUCUCCGCGGUGCACGGAAGAAUGGCCACAUCUACGCGGAGAUGGCGAACGAGCUGGCAAAGUUGGGCCACAACUACAGCGCCCGGGAUGUGCAGGUGAAGUUGGCGAACUUCACGCAACGCUACAGAAAAGAGAAAUUGGCUAUGGGACCUUCUGGUGGAUCACCCUCAACGUGGCCUUUAUACGCAAGGGUGCACCAGAUAAUCGGUGGAUUUAAGGCCAAUAUGUUUUGCGAGCUGACGCUUGAAAACAUCAGCGAAUCCGAUAUAGCAUCCCAGCCAUCACCACUGACCCCAAUAUUGCCGUCAUCACUCAGCCCAACAUUUUCCUCACCACUGGCAUCACCUCUUCCUGCUGUGCCAACCACACCGCUGCCUACACCGUCACCGCCGCUGUCAUCAC